UAAAAGAUUUUGGAUUGUUGCAGCUCUCUCUCUCAACCACAUCACUGCAGACGCCACACCAAUCCACCAUUUGAUAAGUAAAAACUAAGAACUGCUAUUCACUAUGUGAAUCAAACUUUCUCCAUUGACUCACUGUGUAAAGAGGACUGGAGUUUGACACCUGUGGCUUAGAAGCAUGUAUGGCGUCACCCCUAGGCAGUAGGUGGGUGUGGUCUUCACAGACUGGUUGAAUCUGCCAACGCCUGAAUGCUGACACACACACAUUCACUCAGAGAAUGCAGAAGCUGUUUCACUCUGCCUCUGCUCCAUUUUCCCCCAGCUGAAUCAACAUCUACAAGUAUCUUGCAAAGGAUCGUCUGUAGCUGACAAGUUGUUGGAAGGCAAACAUGUCUCUGCCAUUGUCCUUGCUGAUAUGUCUGUCAGUCUUCCAGCUGUGUUUGGGAUGUAAGCCUGUGGAGGAAGUCAUUAAAAAACAAAAGGCACAUCUUUUAGGGGGUUGGUUUGAAAAACAUCCUGAGUCAGGGGAUGUUCAGGAGGCGGCUCAAUAUGCUGUAGAAAUGUUCAACAAAGAUUCAAAGGAGAAGGUGUUGUUCAAGCUCGUCUCAGUUAACAGUGCUAAAUCCCAGGUAACCAAUAGGAUCAACUUUGAAAUCGAUGCAAUCCUCGGAAGUACCAACUGUCCAAAGGAGGGAAACCUUGACUUGAAAGGAUGCAUUUUGGACAACAAGCAACUAAAGUGUCAGUUCUUUGUAACUUCAAACCCCUUCAACGACAAAUAUGAACUGAACUCCAAGAUAUGCGACAAUGUUGAAAAGGGUUAAUUAUUUUUUACAGUGUCAAGAUAAACCAAGAUCAUCCCAUUAUUUCCAUGCUGGAGAUUUUAGGUUAACAGUCAUAAUACAUGAAGUUGCCUUUAAAAUUAAUUACACAAAGUAGCAUCUACACCCAAGGAUAAAAUCAAACUUCAAUAAAAUCAGUGAGGAUCUGUG